GAAACCGGUAUGCUGCCCCCCCUUAAAUAAUUAAUAACAUUAUUGUAUUGAUUAAGACUAAUUUGAACAUUUUCAGAGGCAAGACAUGUUGAGUCGGAGGACAUUGAAAUUGAUGAAGAACCAUUAAUCCAACUAAGCACUGCCUUAAACAAUAAUCGGCAUAAGGCCCAGGAUCCAUGGUUGAAAGAAACACUAAGUAUAAGUGUCAUUAACAAAGGUGGUCCACAAAUUGUUAUUGACCCUUUGGCGAUGACUAAAUCUCGUCCACAAGUUGAGUUUGUGAAUAUAGAAGUGCAUAAUUUAGCUGCUAGUAUAAAUGAAGAGAGCAGCGAAAAUACUGAAGUAAAGGAAGAAGUAGAGGGAGUAGAAGAUUCAGAAGAAAUAGAUGAGAUCGAAGAUAAAGAAAUCAACCAACCACCCAACGAAAUAAAUGAGUUUGGUUAUUAUGAACCAGAACCGGUAACUUCAGGACAUACUGCUGAAGAGGAAACCGAGCAAUUCGACAGUGAGAUACCUGAAAAUGAAAAUUCUAAUAUUUGUGAACCAGCCGCUCCUGUUUACGAGUCUCAAUUAUUAACUAAUGAAUUACAAUCUUUGGGAAGACCGAAGAGAGGUAGAAAGCCAAAAUAUGGUGGGCCAUCUCGGGAAGAAAGGAAGAAACUUAAAUAUUCAAAUUUAUCUUAUGUCAAUUCUCGGAAAAAAAUCAUCAGUCCUAAAAAAUUUAUAAAUUUUAAAUGCAGUUGCUCAAAAAGGUGUCACGACAAAGUUUCAGUAGAACAGAGAUUGGCUCAAUUUGAAAAGUUUUAUUCCCUUGGAUCAUAUAUUGCUCAAAAUAUCUAUUUAACUACUGUAAUAAAAGAACAACCAGUAAAACGUCAUUAUGCUGCAAAGAACAAAGAAUCUAAAGGUUCAAAGAAAAAUUACUCACGCCAAUAUUUAUUAGAUAAUGUAUCAGUUUGCAAAGACAUGUUUAUCAACACAUUACAAACAUCAGGACAACGAAUAAAUACGUCGCUUUCUAAGAUGCGAUCUGACCGUUGCAUUACAGAUAAUCGUGGAGUGCAUGGCGGCUACAAUAAAGCAUCUCUUUAAAGUGAGUAGUUCCUGAUUAACCUUAUUAAAAAGUUAACGACAUACGUAUCUCACUAUCGUCAAGAAAAAACAAAGGAGGCGAAAUUUUGAAAAAUAUAUGAGUCAUGUACCUAACAGCGAUGAAGCAAAAAGCAAAAACACAAGAGAAUUGACAUGAAGCUAGCCAAAGAUGAUCCUACUCUUGAAACAAAAAAAGUUAAACCUCCAAAGCAUUGCCAUUGCCACGUCCCACGUGUACCAUCCAACAUUGUGUUUUAUAAGAGACAACUUUGGGUAUACAACUUAGGUAUCCACACUGGGAGCACAGAUGAAGCCGGGAGCUUGUAAUGUGUGGAUAGGAGAGGCAGGCAGAAGAGCCCAAGAGGUGGGGUCUUGCCUCAUCAAAAAAGUGAAAGGCUUAAAAUAGUAGAGUAAAAAAAUCGAAAAUAAUGCUAUAGUAGACGAUAUUGAAGGUAUUUCAGGUCUACCGGAUUUUCAUUUAGAAUAAGAUAAUACAAAUAAUUUAGAUAAAUAGUUUUUGGCAUUCAAAUUACCUUUAAAUAGUUUUGAUU